UGUCAAGGAAUCUCCCAGGGUCAAACUCUUUUGGGUUGGCAUGAUACUGCUUGUCAUGAUGGACAGAGUUGAGCAAGGGAUAGACAUAGGUUCCCUGGGAGAAGAGGAGUAAGAGAGAAGGGAGAAAAAAAGUGACCAAGGGCUGGAGGCGAACAAAACCAGAAAAGCAACUAGUACCAUUUGAAGACUACGAGAUACCGACAAGAACCGAGGAUGGAGUUUUUCUCUGGCACCAAGAUGGACUUCAGUGGAGCUAUCACCAUUCUUUUGGCCAUGGCAGUAUCAUGCCUUCUCUUUCUCAAUUUCUCCUCCAAAAAGAAGUAUCGGACCCUUCCUCCGGGACCCACUCCGCUCCCUUUCAUUGGCAACAUUCACCAAGUGGACAUUAAAGAGCUCAUCAAGUCUCUGAGAGAGCUCAGUAAGACCUAUGGUCCGAUGUACACCUUCUACUUGGGCUCUCGGCCCUGUGUGGUCCUCUCUGGCUACCAGGUGCUCAAAGAAGCUUUGAUAGACAAAGCAGAAGAGUUCAGUGGUCGCGGUGACUUCCCUGCUGUCCAGAUGUGGAGCAAAGGAAAUGGAAUCGUGUACGGCACUGGAGAGUGUUGGAGGCAGUUACGCAGGUUUGCUAUCACCACUUUCAAGAGCUUUGGGAUGGGAAAGCGAUCUAUUGAAGAGCGAAUCAAGGAGGAGGCCCAAUUCCUGAUAGCUGAAUUCCACAAAACGGAAGGAAAACCCUUUGAUCCCACUUUCUGCUUGAGCUGCGCUGGUUCCAACAUCAUCUGCACUCUAGUUUUCGGAGAUCGGUUUGAAUACACCGACAAAAAGUUCCUGACCUUGCUUGACCUCAUCAACAACAACUGGAAGCUGAUGAGCUCAACCUGGGGGCAGAUGCUGUUCACCUUCCCAAAGAUCAUGAGACACAUCCCUGGCCCUCAUCGGCAGAUCUACAAGAACUACCUGAAGUUGGCAGAGUUUGUGGGGGAACGUCUGGAAAUGAACAAGCAGACGCUGGACCCCAAUUCACCACGGGAUUUCAUUGACUGCUUCCUCAUCAAAAUCCAGCAGGAAAAGAACAACCCCAACACCUAUUUCAAUGAAGACACCAUGUCAAAGACUACCGUGAACCUUUUCUUUGCUGGGACAGAGACUGUCAGCUCAACCUUGAAAUAUGGGCUCCGCAUCCUCCUGAGGCACCCUGAAGUGGAAGAGAAACUCCAUGAAGAAAUUGACCGAGUCAUUGGGCCAAACCGCAGUCCAUGCAUGGAAGAUCGGAUCCGGAUGCCUUACACCGAUGCUGUCAUCCAUGAAAUCCAGCGCUAUGCUGACAUUGUCCCGAUGGGAGUGCCCCAUACGGUCACGCGGGAUAUUGACUUCCGUGGAUAUACUCUCCCCAAGGAUCUCAACAUCAUCCCCUUACUCUGCACGUCUCAGUUUGACCCGACACAGUUCAAGAACCCAAACAACUUUGACCCAACCCAUUUCCUAGAUAAGAACGGGCGGUUCAAGAGGAACGAUGCAUUCAUGGCUUUCUCUGCAGGGAAGCGUGUGUGCCUGGGUGAAAACCUUGCCCUCAUGGAGCUGUUCAUCUUCCUCACCACCAUCUUGCAGAACUUCAAGCUGAAACCCCUGAUGGAUCCGAAGGACAUUGACAUCACUCCAGAGUCCACUGGGCUGGGGAGCAUCCCUCGACCCUACAAGUUUUGCCUCCUGCCCCGUUGAAUCCCACCCCAACUUGGAGAGAAGGAUAGCUUGCUCAUUCCCGUUUCAGCUUCCCUCCAGAGGCUGAGGAAAAGCUCUGCUUCCUCCUCCAUCUCUGAGUUGGUUUCCUUCUCAAGCUAGGAAGCUGCUCCCCUUGCAUCACUGCUUUUUUGGCUGCUUUCCAUUCCCUUAUAUUAUCUCGCCUCUCGUUCCCAACAACACUCCAUCACUACCACCCUGUCCUCUUGUUGAUUCCAGAAGUCCUGCUGAUAAAAGAUAGCCUCAA